GUAAUGUCAUCAUUAUGCACAAUAACAAAAAUUUACCCUGAGUGAUGUUUAUGGAUAGUCGUGCAGUUGUUCUAAGUUUUCAUCGUAGUUGUGCUUCCUGAUUUAUGCUGCUUUGUCGAUUGGAUAGUUUCAGCUUUAGACACAGGCAAAAUGCCAACAAAACAUUCAAACAGAGGAGAACACUUGAACAGAGAAAGAGAGAUGUCCAAGAGAUUCGAGAGAAGCAUAGCAACAAAGUUCCAGUGAUUAUUGAGCGAUAUGAGCGAGAAACCAACCUGCCCUUGUUGGAUAAAUCCAAAUUCCUUGUUCCUGAUCAUAUCACAAUGGGAGAACUUGUCAAAAUAAUCAGGAGGAGGUUGCAGCUGAGCCCCACCCAAGCCUUCUUCCUUCUCGUCAAUCACAAGAGCAUGGUCAGUGUCUCCACGCCAGUUUCCGAGAUCUACGAACAAGAGAAGGACGAAGACGGUUUCCUGUAUCUGGUGUACGCUGCUCAGGAGACAUUUGGAUAAGAAUGAGGCGGCAGGUUCAAUUGAAGUAAAGACAUGCUUUCCUCAGGCAUGCCUCAGAUUGGUGCCCAGCAGAUCUCGCAUCGCAAAUUCACCAACCAAUCAGAGUUGACCUUGUUCACAAGUUGGCCAUAUUGACUUGAAAGUGAGGGUAACUUUUUUUUGUUUCUUCAUCUGAGAACAAAAAUGAAAGCACUGAAAAAUUUAAGAUUUGUGAUUAUUCAUAUCUUAACGUUUUUUUAUGCCACAAUUAAAACAUGAAAGUGAGGCACCGAAAAUAGUCUGGCACCACUCCACGUGACAGAUUAAAUUGAAUCAGACAGAUUCUGAGAACACAAUCAAAAUGGCUUCCCUGUGAAUGAGGUCUGUCAUGAGUAACAUAGGCUUAAAUACCACAAAUGGCUCCAAAUACUAUGUAUAUAUACAUAUCAAAUCUCACCCAUGACAUAGUACUUUUUUGUGAUUUACAAUCAUACGAUGUGGUGAUCUGUCAUUAUUUUGUGUCAAUAUAUAUAACCGACUGUAAUCAAAGAUCCGCCUUUUUUCUUAUCAUUCUUUCAUGGUUUUCAGGUGUUUACACAGAUUAAUUUUUGGCCCUAAACUUUAAAUUUAAACAUCUUCUGUACACUUCACUUGGAGGAAGUUGUACUGAGAAAUUAAAACUGAUUGUAAACCAUCUUUGGGUAACUGAGGUAAGAGUUAUACUAUGCUGGUGUAUAACAAGCAUAGAAAGACACCUGUACGUUUGCUGUUUUCCUCCUUAAAUGUACAGUAUCACUUAAAAGUUAAUGGUCUUGAAGAACAUACACGUAAGACGUGAAUGAAGCUGAGAAAACCACAGGUGCGUGUGCCUUAUGAGAGGAAGCUCAUCUGUUGGCUGAAUGGUGUUAUUUGAUUUGCAGACAUAUUUGGAAUAGACCAUUGCCAUGUUACCAGUGUUUACAGGCCAAAGCCUUCAGGAAAAAAGAAGAAAGGUAACGAAAUGAACUUGUGUCGGACCACUUUGUGGUCUUAUUUUUAACAUUACCCUGUUUUGUUGUUCCCUCGGUUUUUGUCUAUUUAAACCAUGCCCCUCCCCACAUUUUCAUUUUUUUUUUUUCCUCAUGUAGCACGAAGGGGACAUUAAGUAAUUGUACUUAGUGAGAGAUAUCUCAAAAAAGCAAUAAAAAUGUUGGUCCUAAUAAGCUUUAGAUAGUUUUGAUACAGCUGUAGUCCAGACCGUAUUGCUAACGUGCACGCCCUGAAAUUGGCCUGUUUCUUGAAAAGUUGAAUUUUUUUUAUCACCAACAGGAUGAAAGUCUGCAAUCCCGAGUAGAUAUUUAACGGGAUUUCAUAGCAGGUGUAUUGGGGGGUCACCCACUUGCCCUUAUUUAUUUUCGUCCGAAAAAAAUUGACUUACCGUACAGUGCAAAUACAAUCUUAUUCCUUGGCAGCAUUUUUUCAAAGAGUAAAUGUGCUGUUUGAAUGACAAACUGUAGUCUGUACCAGCCUGCUAUGCCAAAGGAAGUCACCAAAAAAUGAUUUAGUUGAAUUCUGAAAAAGAAGUAUUUAUGCUAACUUUGAAGUAAAUGUUAAAAAAAAAUGCCAUUCUUACAAUUGUUAUCACAUAACAGGCGUUUCAUACCUAACAAUUACCGUAUCAAAACCAUAGUAUUUUCUAUUUUGACAGAUUAAUCUUUAAUCAGAAUUUGUACAUAUUGUGAAUAUUGUGUGAUAAGACGUGAAUAAAACGGCAAAUGAAGA